UCCAUCCGGGUGAUCGGGGAGAGCGACGUCAUGCAAGAAUUCCUGUCGGAAUCAGACGAGAAUUUCAACGGGGUGUCGGACGUGGAGCUCCGGGUGGCCCUUCCAGAUGUCACCACGGUGACUGUCCGGGUGAAAAAGAACAGCACCACCGACCAGGUCUACCAGGCUGUCGCUUCCAAGGUGGGGAUGGACAGCACCACCACCAACUACUUUGCCUUGUUCGAAGUGAUCAACCAUUCUUUCGUGAGGAAACUGGCCCCCAAUGAGUUCCCCCACAAGCUCUACGUGCAGAACUACACCUCGGCCGUGCCGGGAACCUGCCUGACGAUCAGGAAGUGGCUCUUCACGACGGAAGAAGAGAUUCUCCUGAACGACAACGAUUUGGCCGUCACCUACUUCUUCCACCAGGCGGUCGACGACGUGAAGAAAGGCUACAUCAAAGCCGAAGAGAAGUCCUACCAGCUGCAGAAGCUCGGCGAGCAGAGGAAGAUGGUCAUGUACCUGAACAUGUUGCGGACGUGCGAGGGCUACAACGAGAUUGUCUUCCCUCACUGCUCCUGCGACUCUCGGCGCAAAGGCCACGUGAUCACAGCCAUCAGCAUCCAGCACUUUAAGCUUCACGCCUGCACGGAGGAGGGUCAGCUGGAGAAUCAAGUCAUCGCUUUCGAAUGGGACGAGAUGCAGCGAUGGGACACGGACGAGGAAGGGAUGGCGUUCUGCUUCGAAUACGCGCGGGGGGAGAAGAAGCCGCGAUGGGUCAAGAUCUUCACCCCUUACUUCAACUACAUGCACGAGUGUUUUGAGCGCAUUUUCUGCGAACUGAAGUGGCGGAAGGAGGUGGAAGAAGAAGCCACCGACAAGGACAACAAGAAUUGCGGUAAAGACAGUCUGUGUAGUAAGAACAUCUUCCAGUUGAUGCGGACAGAGCACCGAGACAUUGUGACUUGAGCCGUCUCGGAUAACUGACCGACCGACCGAAAAGCGUAUUAUCCCUUUUCUCCCCCCCACCCCCAAAAAAAACCUUUCCUGAAAAAACCCACACACAAAAAAAUUAACACUUUUCAAAAUGAGGAAAAGAAAAGAAAAGAGAGAAAGAGGGGAAUGGUUUGCUGUAUUAAACUCAUAU